AUGAAAGGAUGGGACAAUGCGUAUGGCCAGAAAAGGGAUAUUGAACCAAAAGAUGGCCAUCAGAAGGCGCAUGAUCGAAUAGAAAAGGUCAAGGGUGACAACGUUGACCAACAUGUUGAAGAAAAAGUGAACCAGGAUAAAGUCGAUGAGCCAAAGGAUAAAACCGUCGACGAUUCCAAUGUCGGAAAAGAUGUCCAUGAGGAAAUGAAGCUCUCCAGAGCAAUUGAGGCCCCGGUGAAUAUAGAAAAGGUGUCCAAGUUCACGGGUGAAUUCCCAGAAGAUGCAAAAUCCAAAGAAGAAGAGAUCGUCAAGUGGAAUAUAAACAUAAAAAAGAUGAUUGAUAACCCAUUUGUGGCUGUGAAGAACGAGAAAAUCAUUAUUCAGGAUAAGAAGCCACCUCAAGACAUCACCGGUGACAAACAGAAGAUUCCUGAAACCAGAGAAGAAAAUGAAAAUAAAGAGAAGAAUGAAGAAAAACACAAGGAAAGCGAUGAGAAAAGUUUUGAAGAAGAGAAAACUGAGGAAGAUUCUGAAGAAAGCAACCUUCAGAAAAUCAAUGAUGACAAAAACAAAACUGCGGUCGAUAAAAACCCCGAUGAUAAUAACAUAAAACCGUAAGUCGGCGAAGAAGAUACUGUAAUACAACUUUUUCAGAGUAAAGCCAACAGAUGGAGAACAAAAAAAGAGAGAACCCGAAGAAAUUAAGGGUAAGUAUGAGGAAUAUUUGUUUAAUCCGUUAGUUUCAGAUCCACUUACACCGAUUCCAUACAACAGUAAUGCUCCAAAACCGACGCCAUCUUCACCAGUAAAAACAACGCCAAUGACACCCUCAGUAACCACAAAACAUACGGAUACAGUAUUACAAAUGGAUGAGGAGCAUCGACCAGUCGAGGGCAAACAUAUGAUGCCCGUAUACUUACCGAAGGAACACUUCGAACGUCUAGCCGAAUUGACCAAGGAAGAUCAAACAAUAGAAGUCAAGUUCAUCGAUGAUCCAACUUAUAUCGAUGAGAAGUUGCAGUUAGACCCCGUCAAGGAUAAUGCAAUUCCAAAGACUACGGUAUCGAAGAUAGACCCCAUAAAGACUGAUCAGAUCAUACCAACUGAGUCACCUUCUGUCAUAACAACAACAACUGCAGUGACAAUAAAGGACACUGUCAUGAGUUUCUUAUCAAAAGUAGCCGCGGCCCUCAAAUGUACAAAGAGGGAUUGUUCGGAAGCCAUCAAGAAUAUAAAUGUAACUAAACGGAAGGAACUGAAGGAGCACUCAACACCACCGAGGAGAGUUCGACAAGUUAUGAAGGAAAGUGGGAAGAUCUGCACAUGUCAGUUCUAA